AAUUGAAAAUGGCCGACUGACCAUUGAAAGCGGCUUGCUGUCAAAAUAUAAAAAUAUCUUAAAAAUAACGCGUAUUCCAUAUUUUUAUGUAGUUAAAGAGUUUAAAUCUUUUAUUUAAUAUAAAAAACUGAAAGAGUUCUAUCAGAAAUCUCAGAUGUCGUAAAAGUUGAUAUGCAAAGGUCAUUUACACCUUUGCUGAUUGCUUCGUGUCGCAGCUCGCGCGCAUUAGGGCUUUACUCGUUCGCACUGUUUACUUUCUAGGAUGAGUGACGAUGGCGACGACUACCCGCUGCGGCCGAAGCGGAAGAUCAAGCGAGUGGUCGUUAUGUCGUCAUCGGACUCCGACGGCGAUGUCGACGUCGGCGUGGCGGAGUCACGCAGGAAGAGACUGCGGAUCGUGAGCGACGAGGACGCGGAUGACAGCAGCGGCAGCUCUGUGGUUCGUGCGGGAACUCGGCGGAGGCGAGCACUGCCCAACCUAAAGGACUCCGAGACGGACAGCGACAGCUCCGGUUGGGCCACGGACCGCUCUGACGCUCCCGGGCCCUCCGCCUGCACAUCUAAACCCACUUCUGGCUUCUCAUCGGAUAGCUCUGAAGGCAACUCUGACAAAUGUACAAUAUGUCUGCUGCGCUUCAGGAACCAGGAAGUUGGCACACCUGAGAGUUGCGAACACAUGUAUUGCUUGGACUGCAUUACAGAAUGGUCAAAAAAUGUCAAUACAUGUCCAGUUGACAGAACAGUGUUUAAUUCUAUAGUGGUGAGAGCAUGUGCAGGGGGUAGAGUUGUACGCACACAGCCUGUCAGAGUGGAAGAACGCAGACCAUCAGUGGAAAUGUUUGUAAUAGAAGAUGUUACAGUGUGUCAGGUGUGCCGCCGCUCGGACGGGGAGGACAGCAUGCUGCUGUGCGACGGCUGCGACCGCGGCUACCACAUGCAGUGCCUCACGCCGCCGCUCGCGCAGGUUCCCGCAGAUCAAUGGUUCUGUCCCAACUGCCCUGAUGGCGAUACCCUGCAGAAUAUCAGCAUUGCGGCAGUUCAGGAACUUCUGGAACGAAUUAUGCAAACACCUGAUCCUCCGGAAUCCCGCCCGUCGGCGUCGAGGCGACCGAGAAACGUCCGAAGAUCGCCCAGAAGCUUAAACGCGCCCGACGAACCGUCCACUUCCACCGGUCGUCGCAGAGGCCGCUUCGAUUCGAAUCGAGCUCCCACCACCUCGAGGGGCUCCGGGAGCACCCCGAGGAGCACCUCCCUGUCGACGUCCGCGUCCGGCCGUCGGACGACCACGAGAAGAAAGUACAAAAGGAGAAGAACUAAAACCGUAGUGAUCGAAUAUGAACUUCAAGACAAUGGGAAGUUUCCCAUCGCAAGAAAGGUCACGAGAGAAGUAAAGAAACGAAGGCUUAAGAAACGCCAGCCGCGCACGGCCGCGCGGCGCUCGUACGUGCGCGCCAGCGUGCGCGCCCGCCUGGCCGCCCUGCGCGCCGCCGCGCCGCCCGCCCCCGCGCCGCUGGCGCUGCGCCGCCGCCGCGCCGGCAUCCGCCCGCUCAGCCUGCUGGGGGACCCCGACGCGCUCGACUACUUCUCCGACGACGCGCCCGCCGAUGCGCCCGCCGACGCGCCCGCCGCCGUCGCGCUGCGCCCCGCGCCCCACGCCUUCAGCGCGCUCCGCCAGGCCCGGCGCAAGAUGCUCGCGGUGCCGUCGUCGCCGCACGCCCCGUCGCCGCCCGACCUCCUGUCCGACAUCUUGGAGAGCCAGACGCUGCUGCACUCGAAGAACGCCCUCGUGUCCAUUGCCACCGACGGUAAUGUCAAUAUUAAACUUCAAAACGAACGGCGCGUAAAGAAUGCGGCGGACCCUAAGCGAGGGGAAAAAGUCGAUCUAUCGAAAGCGACCGCGGACGUCAAGAAGGCCCCCGCCUACCCCGGCCAGAACCGCGGCGGCGGCGGCUGGGGCGGCGGCUACCGCGGCAACUACAACCGCGAGCAGACGUCCAACUUCAACCGCGGCGGCGGCUACGACGGCUACGGCGCGGGCUACCCGCAGCGCCCCGGCCAAUCCUACGACCACCAGAGCAACAACAACGGCACCGGCGGCAACCCGCGCCGCGACGAGCCCGACUACUACGACACCUUCCCGCGCCGCCCGCAGCCGCCGCAGCCGUACGCGCACAGCGCCGACGCGCACUUCGAGCGCAGGCGCGGCGCCGACGGCGCGCGGCCCGGCCCCUUCGCCGGCCACCGCGCGGAGCAGGGCCGCCUCAGCCUGGGCCCCGCGUGGCCCUACGCGCCGCGCGCCGACGCGCCGCCGCCGCAGGCCCGCCACUCCUUCGGCGGCUUCGAGAACCCGCUCGACAUGCGGAUGGGCCAGCUGCCGCCGGGCGCGCCCGCGGACUGCGCGCGGGACAAGGCCCAGCCGCCCGCCUACCCGGCGCCGCCCGAGCCGCAGGCGUACCGGCCUCUGGCCGAGCCGCCGGUGUUCAACUUUCAGAAGAUCUCCGAAGUUGAGAAAUCGGAGGACGAGAAAAGUGAUUCCGGCCUGGUCAUCGACACCGAGAAAUACGAUCCCACCGAACCCACCCACGACGAAGACAGCGCGGACGACGCAGAGAACGCCGCGCCGGCGCCGCCCUCGCCGCCCUCGCCGCCGCCGGAGCCGCCCAGCGUGCAGCGCCUGCUCGCCGGCAUGGGCCCCGCGGCCGCGGGCGUGCCGCCCAACGUGCUGGACACCGCCGUCCGGCAGGUCCUGAAGGAGCAUAGGAAUCUAAUAGGGUCUCCUGGCGUCGAGGUUCGCAACAACGGGAGCGACGACGAGUCCGAUGGCGACUGCCCCAACUUCUCUAUUUAUUCCGCCGCCAGCGUCCACAUUGCGAACAGCAGCAGCACCUUGAGCGAGGCCGCGCCGCCCGGCCUGCAGGACCUCGUGCGGCUGGAUGUCACGCGGCCGCCGCCCUCGCCGGGGCUCCGCGAAACGAAGCCCGACAGCGACCAAACUCCGACCAAGACUUAUCACCCCAAGCCGGAGUACGAUGAAAAGAAGAAAUCUGAGGAGGAGUACAAAGAGAAAGUGUCGAAGCGCUGUCCCAUAACGACCAAUAAGCGCAACCCGAUCAAAAUAAAACUAAACACACCGUCUUUGAUCAAAAGACAAGUGUCGUUGUACGAUGAGGAGGAUGCCAGCCGGGAGGCCAGCCCGGAGGCCACCCCGGAGGCCACCCGGGAGGCCAGUCCGGAGGCCAGCGUGGAGGCCGGCCCCGAGGCCGAGGCCGCCGAGCUCGACGAGCGGCCGGACGCGGCCGAGGCCGAGCCGCUCGCCGCGCUGCACGCUCCGCCGGAACAAGUGCCGGAAGAGAGCGAGAGCGACUUGAAGUCGAAGGGCGCCGCAGAGAAGUGCGACGACGGGUUCCAGAAUUCCAUCGAUAAGCUAAAUACAAAGGAGCAAAAUUACGAUAGUGUUGAUGAAAAGGAUUGCCAGAACGCAGAAGAAUUGCCGGUAUGCGUCGACCCACCGGCGCGCGCGAAACUGGAGACACAUGAAAAUGGGGAAGAAAAAUUCAAUUUCGAUGAGGAAGAGAAUAAUAAUGAAAGUUCAGAAAACGACAAGACGGAUGAUGUCGCGCGCGACCACGACGACGCCGACGUCUCGUCCGAGCAGGAAUUGUCCUUGGAGCGGUCGCCGAAAACGGACAUGGACCCGGAGAGGGUGGACGACAACGUCGAGAAGAUGACGGAGUCCAUCAGCGAGACGGAGGACGAGCGCAGCUACACGCCGUGCCUGGACGAGAACAAGUCCACCAAGGACGCGUCCUUCGAGGACAAGGGCCUCGAGGGGCUCGACACAGAGAUGAUCUCCGAGGACGAGGGUAACGAGAUGUUCUCCGAGCACGAGCGAGCCUCGCUCGCGGAUUCGCUCGUCGCCUCGCCCGCCGCAUCGGCCGCGCCCGGGGAGGACGGCGAGAUCCCCGACAAGAAAAGGGAGGGUAAGAAGACCGCAGACGGCAAGAAAAAAAAGAAAAAGGAUUCGAAGCGAGAGGGCAAGGACAAGGACAAGGCCAAGGGUAAAAAGAAGAGCGAGAUAGCCUUCAAGAAGCUCAGCAAGAGCGGCAAGGAGCGGAACUACCGCGAGCGCGACAAGGACGACAAGAAGGCCGAGCGCGAGCGGCGCCACUCCGCCGACAGCGCCCGCCAGCGGCGCCGCAAGGAGAAACGCAAGGACCUCGAGCGCUACGACGUGCGCACCCUGCUCACGGAGAGGCGCCGCAAGCACAAGGACCCCUUCGGCCGAGACGUGUCGCCGCGCGCCCGCUCGCCCUCGCCGUCGCCGCCGUCGCGCUCGGCAUCGCGCGCGCGCCGCUCGCUGUCGCCCUUCCGCCGCUCGCCGUCGCGCGGCAGGAAGUCGCCGUCCAGGGUCCGUCGCUCGCCCUCCUCGCCGUCGCGCGGUCGCAAGUCGCCCGCACGCGCGCGCUCACCCUCCGCGACGCGGGCCAGACGCUCGCCCGGCCGCGCCCGCCGCUCGCCCACGCCCACUCGCGCCCGCCGCUCGCCCACGCCAACUCGCGCCCGCCGCUCGCCCACGCCCACACGCCCCCGCCGCUCGCACACGCCUACACGCACCCGUCGCUCGACCACACCCGCGCGCGCCCGCCGUUCGGCCACGCCCACACGCGCCCGCCGCUCCGACACGCCCACGCGAACGCGGCGUUCCGACACGCCCGCGCGCCGCCGCUCGGGCACGCCGCAGCUGUCGCCGCGCCGCCGCAAGCGCCGCCGCUCCGCCUCGCCGGCCGAGCGCAGCCCGCCGCGCCGCGCGCUCAAGAAGAAGAAGCGCGCCCGCGCCACGCGCCGCGCGCCCGAGCCCGCGCGCAAGCGGCGACGCAGCGACAGCCGCCCCGCCGAGCCCGCGCCGCCCGAGCCCGCCGAGCGCCCGCCCUCGCCGCGCACGCCGCCGCCCGAGCCCGCGCCCGAGCCCGAGCGCCGCGAACGCCGACGCCGCGACCCCGAGCGCGCCCCGCGCCGCCGCGCGCGAGACCCGGUGGGCCCGUGCAAGGAGGUGUUCACGUCCGGAGACAACAUCCUCGUCAGCGUCAGCUUCAAGGAGCCGGAGCGCGGCGAGGACGCCGAGCGCCGCCGCCGCCGCGACUCGCGCCGCGAGCGCCGCCGCCGCCGCCGCGCCGCCGCCGCGCCCGAAGAGGCGCCCAAGCCCGUGGCCAUCAUCGACCUGGAGCGCUCGCCCUUCCGCGAGCUGACGCCCUCGCCCAAGCACGUCAUCGUGCUCAGCGACAGCGAGCCCGGCGAGCGGGAGCCCGGCGCGCCGGCGCCCGAGCCCGCCGCGCCCGAGCCGCCGCCCGAGCCCGCCGCGCCCGCGCCGGGCGCCGGGCCCAAGACGCCGCCGGAGCCGGCCGCGCCCGAGCCGGCGGCCGCGCCCGAGCCCGCGCCGGGCGCCGAGCGCGCGCCGUCGCCCGACGCGUACGACCCGUUCGAGCCGACGCGCUCGCCGACGCCGCCCGAGCCCGCCGCGUCGCCGCGCGCGCACAUGACGCUGGAGGCGGCGCAGCGCAGCAACCUGUCGGCCGACGACGUGCUGGCGCGCCGGCCGCUCACGCCCGUGGAGAAGGUCAUGGCGCUGCUGCAGUCCACGCGCGCCGCGGAGGCGGAGGAGCCGGCCGCGCCGCGCAUCGUGCUGCCCUCGCCCACGCGCGCGCCCAAGCUGUUCCCGGGCAAGCCGUCGCCCAUCAAGUCCAACCCCGUGAAGCCCAUGCAGGCCACGCGCCUGGCGCGCGACGACGGCGCGUCGCCCUACUCGCCCGGCUCCAGCGACUUCGGGGAGCUGUUCGAGCCGCCGCCGCGCCGCAAGCGAGGUAAAACGCAAGUGGGCGUGAAGCUGGACGACGACAGCCUGAAGAUCCUGGACGAGCUGCCCAGCUCGGCCGUGGAGAUGCAGGUCAAGAGCAAGUUCCUGAAGAAGCUGAACCGGCAGGAGCGCGUGGUGGAGGAGGUGAAGCUGGUGCUGAAGCCGCACUACAACAAGAAGCGGGUCACCAAAGACGAGUACAAGGACAUCCUGCGACGAGCCGUGCCCAAGAUAUGUCACAACAAGUCCGGCGAGAUCAACCCGACCAAGAUACAAGCGCUAGUGGAAGCUUAUGUGAAGAAAUUCAGAAAAAAACAUAAAGUCGGAGUAGCGUAGCCUACUCUAGAGUAAGUGUAGAGUAACGGUAGCGUAACCUGCCCGAGGGGCGCGGUAGAGUAAAACGAGACGCGUAGCGGAGUUAUCAGAUUACUGUAAUUAUAAUUUAUGUACGGACAAUGUAUUUUACUUAAAUGUUUUAUUUAAAUAAAUAAUAAUAUAGUUUUAAAUCAUGGCAAUAGUUUCUUCUUUAUAAAUAUCGAAAAGCUUCAGAGUUGACAGCUAGCCUAUUGUUGAUUACUUCUCUGUAACGUGAGCUGGGAUUAGUGCACCUUUCUGUCGAGUAACAGAUUUCGAAGCAGCAUAAGAUAGUGAAAGCAGUCAAUGUGCGGUCAGCCCCGGGAUUUAAGUAGUGUCCUGUGACUGUGUCCGUGUUUGUUUCGGAUGUUCUUCUUGCCGUGGGAUCCGAUGUUUAUCUAGCUCUAAGCUAAA